GAAAACAAAAAACUCCAAGGCCCCGCCUCGACGUCAACCCUUCAAACCCAAGACGUCAGGCGGGUAUCGAAACAAAAGUUACAAUCGAAACCAUCCCAACAAGAAAAAUUGGGGAGGUCAGAACGAGGAAAAUCGCAGCAGUCCCAAAUCACAAACUCCAGCACAACAGAAGAAAUCACAAAAUUAAGUGACGAAGCCACAUCCUCUGUGGAAAUCUCUUACCCUGGUGGCCGGGAAAUUAUCAGGAGAGCUUUCAUGGCAAAGGGCAUUCCGGAGAAAUCCAUAACGAUUUCUAUAGCUUCCUUAAGCGACUCUUCCUUAAAACAGUAUGAUUACGCAUUAAAAAAAUGGUGGUUAUAUUGUAAGGAAAAAAAUUUGCCCAUUUAUGACGCAAAAAUAGUAGAUGUAGUAAAAUACUUAACCGAAGAAUAUGAUAAGGGAGCGUCUUACGGUUCUCUAAAUAGCAUGCGAUCGGCCAUUUCACUGAUUAUAGACCCGGAGGUAGGACAGAAUGAAAUUAUUAAAAGAUUCUUUAAAGGAAUAUCAAAGUUAAGACCCCCGGAACCAAAAUAUGAAUCCACAUGGGAUCCAGGAAUAGUCCUUGAUUAUUUUGGAGACUUACGAAAUGAGGACUUAACCCUAGAUUUGUUAAGUAAAAAAUUAAUAACAUUGCUAGCACUAGUAACAGGUCAUAGAAUCCAGACCUUAUCUUUAAUAGAUAUAAGAAACAUAAUUGUUAAAGUUAGCUUAAUAGAAAUUAAAAUUCCGGAGAGAAUUAAAACUUCUAAACCCGGGAGAAGUCAGCCUGUACUAAUUUUACCGUUUUUUAAGAAAAAUCCGAACAUUUGUCCAGCAAAAACUCUUCAAUGUUAUCUCAAAAGGACCGAAAAUCUUAGAAAAAACAUAACAGUCCUAUUUAUUUCGUUCAAAAAGCCUUUCAAAAAAGCAUCGACGCAAACACUUAGUAGAUGGGUAAAAGAUGUUUUACGUGAAAGCGGUAUAGAUACAGAUAUUUUUUCAGCGCAUAGUACAAGACACGCUUCUACCUCUGCCGCGAAGCGCAAAGGUAUUAAUAUCGAUGUAAUAAGGAAAUCAGCAGGUUGGACCGAAAACUCAUCUACGUUUACUAAAUUUUACGAUAGACCCUUAGUUCAAGACGUAAGAAUGUUUGGUCGUGCGAUAUUAGACAGAUAAAGGAAAACGGAGUCAUUACUUUAUACUGUCAACAUUUGAGUUACAAAAACGAUUAGAGUAAUUAGAUCGUUAAAGCGUUGUUUUUUCCUUUAUAUUCAUUCAAAGAAAAA